AUGAACCUUCUUUUAUUCUCUCUUUUUAGGGAGAAGAAAAGAAGGAGAGUAGUGGAGCUGACUCAGAAGAUGGUGGUUGAUGGAUGUAGUGGGCGAACCUGUGAGUGGGAUGGCCGAUGGAAUCACAUCAAAAAGUUUCUGGAAAGGUCGGGUCCAUUCAUGCAUCCUGACUUUGAACCCAGCACAGAGUCACUGCAGUUUAUGUUGGAAACCUGCAGAAUCCUGGUUAUUGGUGCAGGUGGUCUUGGAUGUGAGCUGCUAAAAGACUUGGCUUUAUCGGGCUUUCGAAACAUUCAUGUUGUGGACAUGGAUACAAUUGAUGUUUCCAACCUCAAUCGUCAGUUCCUCUUCAGGCCAAAAGAUGUAGGCCGGCCCAAGGCAGACGUUGCAGCUGAUUUUAUCAACAGUCGCAUACCUGGAUGCUGUGUAGUCCCUUAUUUUAAGAAAAUUCAGGACUUGGAUGAAACUUUCUACAGACAAUUCCACAUAAUCGUCUGUGGACUGGACUCCAUAGUUGCCAGAAGGUGGAUGAAUGGCAUGCUGCUGUCUCUGCUCGUGUAUGAAGACGGUGUCUUAGACCCAAGUUCCAUUAUACCUCUGAUUGAUGGUGGGACAGAGGGGUUUAAAGGCAAUGCCAGAGUCAUUCUCCCUGGCAUGUCUGCCUGCAUUGACUGUACACUUGAGCUUUACCCUCCUCAGGUAAACUUUCCCAUGUGCACAAUAGCCUCCAUGCCUCGUUUGCCAGAACACUGCAUUGAAUACGUUCGGAUUCUGCUUUGGCCCAAAGAGAAACCAUUUGGGGAUGGUGUGGUCCUGGAUGGGGAUGACCCUGAACACAUCCAGUGGGUGUACCAGAGGUCUCUGGAGAGGGCAGCAGAGUUCAACAUAAUAGGAGUCACAUACAGACUUACACAGGGUGUUGUUAAGAGAAUAAUUCCUGCUGUUGCUUCUACAAAUGCUGUCAUAGCUGCUGCUUGUGCCACGGAGGUUUUUAAAAUAGCAUCAAGUGCCUACAUACCUCUAAAUAACUACAUGGUAUUCAAUGAUGUUGAUGGCCUGUACAUAUACACUUUUGAAGCAGAACGAAAGGAAAAUUGUUCCGCCUGCAGUCAAGUCCCCAUGGACUUGAACUUUUCUCCAUCUUCCAAACUCCAAGAGGUCUUGGACUACUUGACUGAGAGUGCCUCCCUACAAAUGAAAUCACCUGCUAUAACUGCAACAGUGGAAGGAAAAAACAAAACAUUAUACUUACAGUCCGUUGCUUCAAUUGAGCAGAGAACGCGGCCAAAUCUGUCCAAAACCCUAAAAGAGCUGGGCCUGGCAGACAGACAAGAGCUGGCUGUUGCUGAUGUCACCACACCUCAGACUAUGUUAUUCAGACUCUGCUUCACCUCCUAGGAACAUCUCAAGCACUCCCACAACUGGUUGAUGUCCCCCUUGUUUCUUGGCCAACUGUCACCUGAUUCAGGAUAUUUAAAUGGCAACUAAUAAAGUUUACAGUGUACUGGUUCACAGUGUAAAUGACUGUAGCUGAUCUGGAUUACAUGCAAGUUUGUAUUUUGCACUGAAAAGCUAAAUCAUAGUUCAUAACAUGAUAUGAUUUGAUGAUGCAUUGUCUGCCAAUGAUACAGAUUUCUGUAUAAAUGGUUUAUGUGCACUACAAUUUGAGGUGUGCUCUGUUUAAACAAAGAAACAAGCAUUAACAACUUGAAAAAAAUUCUGUACUUUUUUUGGUAUUGGAUUUCUUGAUUAUUUAUUUAUUCUGAAUUUUAUAGUGUAAGUAACCACUGAAGUGGCACUUGACAUUGAUAAUGACAUGAACUGGAAUAAAAUGUUUUA